AUGAGCUUGCAUCGUGACCCUUGCAUCUGCUCCACUUUGCUUGGUCUUCAUGGCUUUGUAUGGAAUCGAGUGUUGGUUUCAUGUCGACCAACUUCAACAAUCCUUCAAACAAGUUAUCGUCAUGGGUUGAAGGUGGGGAUUCUUGUGAAUGGAUGGUGUCGUCGCCAUAACUCCACAGCCACGUCAACAAAGCGCACUUGGCGCUCCUCUUCAGAGCUCGAUGGCUUUGCAACAAAUCUUGAAAUGGAAGCUUACUACAAUUCCGGCUAUGAGGGAGCAAUUCCUCAUAUCCUUGGGAAUCUCUCAAAGUUGCAGUAUCUUGAUCUUGGAGGUAAUGAUCUCAAAUCAAAAAGUCUUCAAUGGGUUUCUGGACUUUCUUCCUUGCAGUAUCUUGAUUUGAGCUCUGCGGAUCUUUCUGAAGCAACUGAUUGGGUACAGGUAACAUUCAAACUUCCCUCUUUGUUAGAGUUGCACUUGUCAGGUUGUGGUUUAGACAAUGAUCCAUCUCCGACCAGUGUUAAUUCUACAAAAUCACUGGUUGUUCUUCAUCUUUCUGGGAACGGCUUAUCUUCAGUACCUAAGUGGAUAUUUAGUCUUCAUGGUCUUGUGUCCAUUGAUCUUAGUUACAAUUUUUUGGAAGGCUCAAUUCCAGAUUACUUUGGGAACAUCUCGUUUCUUGAAGUUCUUGAUCUUAAUUGGAAUCAUCUCAAUUCGUCCAUACCCAAUUCCUUGUAUAGUUUAAACCGUCUUCAAUUCCUUAGUCUUGGCAAUAACCAGUUACAAGGAACAAUCUCGAGUGCCAUUGGAAACUUGAGCUCUGUUACUCAGCUUGAUCUUUCAGUAAAUCAAUUAAAUGAUCAAAUUCCAUUGUCUAUAGGGGAGUUAUCGUCUUUGAAGUUGUUUGAUGUUUCAAAAAAUCAAUUAAACGGCCAAAUUCCCUUGUCUAUAGGGCAGUUGACAUCUUUGGAGAAGUUUGAUGUUUCAGAAAAUCAAUUAAAUGGUCAAAUUCCAUUGUCUAUAGGGGAGUUAUCAUCUUUGAAGUUGUUUGAUGUUUCAAAAAAUUAG